ACAUACCAAAGAGAUCUCCGAUCAGAAUAGAGAGAGAGAGAGAGAGAGAUGCAAUUCUUCGGCGGAACAGAGAUAAGCCCGUCGCUGCCAGCGGCGACGGCGUCGGGAAACAACGGGCACAUGAUGUACGUCUUCAACCGCAACGGCGUCUGCUUGCUCUACCGAGAAUGGAACCGUCCUCUCCACACCCUCAACGCCCAACAAGAUCACAAGCUCAUGUUCGGCCUCCUCUUCUCCCUCAAGUCCUUGACCGCUAAGAUGGACCCCACCGCCGUGGACAAAGGGAACCUAGGAGUGCCUCAAUUGCCUGGUCAGGGCUGUUCGUUUCAUAGCUUUCGGACCAAUACCUACAAGCUUAGUUUCAUGGAGAGCCCUUCUGGUAUAAAGAUUAUAUUGAUUACGCAUCCUAGGACUGGGGAUUUGCGGGAGUCUUUGAAGUACAUUUACAACUUGUAUGUUGAGUAUGUUGUGAAGAACCCACUCUAUACUCCUGGAACUCCUAUUAGGUGUGAGCUAUUUAAUACAACUCUUGACCAAUAUGUAAGGAGCAUUUCCUAGAAGCUCAAGGUGUGAGCUAUUUAAUACAACUCUUGACCAGUAUGUAAGGAGCAUCCCCUCCUUUCAAAAAAAAAAAAAGGAGCAUUCCCUAGUAGCUCGAGCUAUGUGUACUACUGCUUCAUGUUGGCCACGGACCUGAACUGUACGGCCUCUUUUUGCAUCAUUCACCUUACCCUGGCCUGUAGCAGAUGAUCAUUUUGGUUGAGAUGCAGGUUACUGAAAUUACUUGUGGAGCCUGCAACUUCAUUUUAAAUAUUCUACAGAUAGGAAUGCUACUAUUUUCACCCAUGUGGACUUGGGUGAUUAGUGUGAUUAUGUGAUUUUCUAUUUGUUUACGAUAAAUGGUUUUGGUAUAAUCUAGAAAUAUGAUCGUUUGUUUAUAUCAUUGGAAUAUAUGAAACUACUUUGGCGGGGUUUCAUAGAA